AUGGACUCACCACCCACUUUGAACGGCAGCCAUCAUUUUUCGUCGUCCUCUUCGGUGUCGGUUGGUGGUGGUGGUGGAGAAUGCUCGCUGGGAAGCACCCGAUCAUCGUUUAGUAGCAGCAGCAGCGGCGGCAAUCCAAUGGUGAUCAAUACUAGUAAUAAUUCUUUGAGUGGAUGUAAUCCUUGUAGCACUUCUUCUCAGCAAGCCUCUUCGGGAUGUGCGACUAUUACGAACAUUCCUCUCUCGAUGGCACAACGAUCAAUGCAAUUUGUGCAGAGUAAGAAUGAAGCAUUUCGUCGAGAUUCAAUGAAGAGUAUUAUUACCAAGCAGAGAAAGACAAAAGAUAUCCAAGGACAUGCUGGUACUGCUGCCAGUGAGGCUUUGAAACUUCGCUUAUCGAAUGAGAAUGUUCACAUUCCUUCAAGACCUUCAAUAGAGAGCAAGGACAACAACAAUAUUUGGCAACACGACUACAGGGUCUCCUUCUCUUUAUUUCAAUUGAAUGAAGACUACAAGAAAAGACUCACACCCAAGCCAAAUUUUUCAUCCACAACAUCAGUGCAUGAUUUUUUGAGGACAGUUGAAAGAUGUCAAGCAUUUUCCACACAUUCCUCUCCUCUGGACGAGACAAUUCUUGAAGCCGAUGACACCAUGAGCGCUUGUUGUUUACCACCAACAAACAGCAACAACAACUUCUCCUCUUUCCAAGACAAGCCUUCCAAUCCAACCCUCAAUUCCUCACUUGUAAAUUACUACAGCUCUAAUUACAAACUAAAGUCAACUGUACCUGACCUCAACUCCCACCACUCCAAUCACCAAUCCCCAUCAGGUAUAAUCACUCAUGAGGAAGACGACGAUGACGCCUUUCCACUUUCCACCAAACUGAAAAGAAUGAUGAAUCACCAAAAAGAGCAUCAUGAGAACAAAAUCAGAAACCAAAAUGCUAAAGAAGAAAAGGACAAGAAGCUCUACCUUUCGAUUGAACAAAGCUUACCUGCAAUGAUUAAUGUUUUUAUAUUGGACAAUCAACACCUUCUCGAUAGUAGCAUUGUGUUUUCUAUUCAAAAUGUGAACGAUAGACACUCCUUUGUCAUUGAUCCUCGAUUCAAUAUUCCAUGUUUGAAGAAAGGAGAAAGAUUUGUUCUAUCCGUACAUAACAGACACUUGAAGCCUGUUAGAUUUUGCAUCAUGUUUAGAGAUCCCACAGGCACUCACGUGUCAAUCUAUCCAAAGAAAGUCAAACUACUCCAAUCACUAGAAAGUGAUUUGGAGUAUCUCCCAUCAAAGGAACAAGUUUCACAAGUUUUUGACAGCUCGUUGCUUCCAACCAUUGCUGAUAUGAACAAUGCAACAACAUGCAAAGUUUCUCUCAUCUUGAUGGCAACUACUCACAUCAAGAUUAACAAUGCCAUCUCUGAAAUUUGUUCAAGAAUACAAGGAGUGGAGAAGAAUCCAAAUUCUGUAAAAGCCGCUAUUAUGGACCGAGACAAACAGCAAAAUCAUCCUCUGUUAGAUAGCUCUUCAUCCUUUAAACGAGUAUCCUUAAAAUCCAUUGAAUUAAUGAUUGAAAACAAUUAA